AUGGCUGAUAUUGUAAAUUUUGGCUUUCUUUUGCUAUUUUGUUUUGGGUCUUUGGUGGUGAAAGCUUCUAGGUCCGGUGAUUUGGACGCGCUUACAGCAUUUCAUCAGGGAGUAUCAGAUCCACAAAAUGCAAUGAAAAGUUGGGAUACAAGUCUCUACGACCCUUGUACUUGGUUCCACGUUACUUGCGACAACGAUAACCGUGUCAUUCGCUUAGAUCUAUUUCGAUUUGGCUUAUCGGGUCAUUUAGUUCCUCAACUAGGAAACCUCCACCGCCUACAAUACUUGAACCUUAAUGACAAUAACUUAUAUGGCCCAAUCCCUCAAGAGCUAGGCAACAUGGCUAACCUCAAGAGCUUGAAUCUAUUUGGAAACCGAUUAUCCGGGAGGAUUCCACCCUCUCUCGGCAAACUACACCUACUUUUCUUCUUCCGUCUCAACAAUAACAAUCUAACUGGACCUAUUCCUAGCGAGCUUGGUGGUAUUGCGACGUUGAAAGUUGUAGAUGUGUCGAGCAACAACCUUUGCGGACCUGUUCCUAGGGGCGGUUCAUUGUCGCCUAUCACAACAAUCCGAGGAUCAACAAAUCUUGUUAAUGAAGCACGUGAUCAGGAUUCAACAAAUAAUUUAGAUGGCAAAGAUUCAAGCUUAAAAUCUAUUGUUAUAUUUCAAUGUUAG